CCCUCCCCAGCUUUCCUGUACCCCUUCAGGUACUGGACUAUCACUCUAAGGUCUCCUCAGAGCCUUCUCCAGGCUGAACAACCCCAACUCUCUCAGCCUGUCCUCAUACAGGAGGUGCUCCAACCCUCGGAUCACCCUUGUAGCCUCCUCUGGACCCGUUCCAACAGCUCCAUCUCCUUUUUAAGCUCAGGAUUCCAGAACCGGACCCAAUCCUCCAGAUGAGGUCUCCCAAGAGAGGAAUGGAGGGGCAGUAUUCCCUCCCUCCCUGCUGGCUGUGCUUCUUCAGAUGCAGCCCAGGACGCAGUUGGUUUCUGGGCUGUGAGCGCACAUUGCCGGCUCAUGUCGAGCUUCUCAUGGACCAGCACCUCCAGGUCCUUCUCCUCAGAGCUGCUCCCAUCACAUCAUCUCCCAUCCUGUAUUGAAACUGGGGAUUGCCGAUUUCUGAUUUCUUCCCCCACUGCCGCUGCUUCGUUACCGCCUUCACUCCCGAGUCCGGGAGCACAUAGCUGCUAUUUUAAAUACAAUACACCUCAUCCUCCACUCACUCAGCAGUGUCCACUCGUCUCUCUCAGCAACAGCGAGUCCCUUCGGGAAACACUCAAAAGCAGCUGCUCUUAAAUUGGAUUUUUGGCAGCAGUGUUACCACCAGCUCCGUGACUCCCAGAGAAAUACAUGCAGUGAUCUUGACACAGAUUUCCGUGCAGAGAAAAGCUGAACAUUCCGUGUAAACAGUAUUGCGUCUUUGCCAACAUGCAAAAUAACCGUUGCCGUGCUUCCCAACGGAGGACUCUGUGCUGCUCCUUCCUGAAGACGGAGGUCCCUCGCACACCAUUUCUUAUGUCUGUGCUUACAGCAAACAGUGUCAGGAGCGUUAUUUCUACUGAGUCAGUUUAUUAAAGCUCAGGUACACCCAUUGCUGCACCACCUGCAUCACCAACAGUUUUUAUGACACAGCCCUAAGUGGAGCUCUAAAGCUGACAUUUGGACUUCUCUGCCACACCUUGAUAACCCCAUACCUGGUGGCCACACCAGGUGAACAGAUCUUCAUUUUACGACAGCUUCAGCAACACUUAACUCUUUGGUCCUCAACACGCCAUUCCUUAUUUCUAUCUAGGGAUCCUUAGAAGUUUUGCUUAUUGUCCCUACUGGGCUGGAGAACAAAUCUUAUGAGGAGCGGCUGAGGGACCUGCGGUUGUUUAGCCUGGAGAAGAGGAGGCUGAGGGGAGACCUUAUUGCUCUCUAUGAUGACCUGAAAGGAGGUUGUGGAGAGGAGGGAGCUGGGCUCUUCUCCCAAGGGACAGAGGACAGGAUGAAUGGCCUCAAGCUGCGCCAGGGGAGGGUCAGACUGGACAUCAGGAGAUAAUUUUUCACCGCAGGGGUUAUGGGGCACUGUCAGGGGCUGCCCAGGGAGGGUGUGGAGUCCCCAUCCCUGGAGGUGUUUAAAAGACAGGUAGAUGAGGUGCUCAGGGACGUGGUUGAGUGGUUGAUAGGAAGGGUUGGACUCAAUAAUCCAAGAGGUCUUUUGCAACCUGGUGAUUCUAUGAUUUUACUUAACUUUGGAGCUCCUCAGACCACUUCUCCUCCGGUGGCACUGUUCAUGGCAUGCUUUGCUCCACGUGCAGGCCAGGCUCCCUCUGUUAAAGAUUCUCCCUGGAUGCUGUUGAGAGCACAGCGUACCUUGCUCUUGCUUGAAGCCGGACGGAUCCCACAGCCGGAGGCGAUGCACCUGCACAUUCUCUUGGGAAUGCCCCUCUCCGUUCCCACGGGCUGUUCACACUGCCCCUGGAGCUUCGGGUGUCCAAAGGAGAAGAAUCCCUUUGAAGACUGAAUCCGCUCUGAGCCACAACAAACCAAAGGGGCUGUAAAAUCCCGUCUGGAUCCCCGCAGCAAGCGAGCUCCCGGUCCCGUGUCCCGCCGCAGUCUCCUCCCCUUCAUCCGCGGCCGCUCGGGAGCUGCUCGGAGGCGGCGGGGAGGACGGAUCCACGCUGGUCUGGAGAGGGAACAACCGGCAGAAUCCAAAGGAGAAGCAACAAAAAGAUAACUUGAGAUUUGGAGGUGAUGUGGAAAACGCUCAGAAUGGAAGGCAAACUCCCAUGUCUCCUCCUGCUGGUGGGAGCAAUCAUGGGAGCUCAAUGUCAGGGCUUACACAUGCGUUUCAGACGGGGAGCCAGAUCUAGAGCCGUUUGCACAGACAAGUCAUCUGGAGAAAUGUACCAGCACAGGGGGACUUGGCUGAGGCUCUCAGGGAGCAGAAUAGAAUACUGUAGGUGCGACAGCGGUCAGAGUCGCUGCCACACUGUGCCCAUCAGAGGCUGCGCUCGAAAUAAAUGCUACAACGGGGGUCAGUGUUCACAGGCGUAUUACUCCCCACAGCUUUUCAUCUGCCAGUGCCACCAAGGUUUCUCUGGGAGGCAGUGUGAAAUAGAUACUGAAGUUAAGUGCUACAAAGAUACUGGAGUAACAUACAGGGGUACGUGGAGCAAAACAGAGAGCGGAACUGAAUGCUUAAACUGGAACAGCAAUGUCUUGAUGGACCGGACAUACAGCGGCCAAAGAGAAGACGCUGCUGAGCUGGGACUGGGCAAUCACAACUUUUGCAGAAACCCAGAUGAGGAUUCCAGACCUUGGUGCUAUAUCUAUAAAGGGGGAAAGGUCAUCUGGGAGCACUGCAGUGUGCCCUCGUGUUCAAAAGUUGGCAACAUCAACUGCAAAUCUGGAAGAGGAACAGAUUACCGAGGCAGCCACAGUGUUACCAGUUCCGGAGCUACCUGUUUGAGGUGGAAUUCUCGAAUCCUUGUCAACAAAUUGUAUACUGCUUGGAGAAGAGAUGCUUACCAGCUGGGCCUUGGUAGUCACAAUUUCUGCCGGAAUCCUGACAGUGACAGCAAGCCCUGGUGCCACGUACUGAAAGGAAAUCGGAUCACAUGGGAGUACUGCAAUGUGCCUACUUGCUCCACCUGUGGCUUACGGCAGCGCAGAGGACAGCAGUACAGGAUUAAAGGUGGCUCCUACGCAGACAUCGCGGCUCACCCAUGGCAAGCAGCCAUUUUUGUGAAGUAUCGCCGAGUACCGGGAGAGCACUUCCUCUGUGGAGGAAUUCUGAUCAGCUCCUGCUGGGUUUUGUCAGCUGCUCACUGUUUUGAGGAACGCUUUAGUACAGAUCAGCUGAAGAUCGUGCUGGGGAGGACUUCCCGAGCCACUCCGGAGGAAAAUGAACAAAGGUUUCAAGUGAAGAACUACACUGUGCAUCAGAGAUUUGACUCAGAAAAUUUCAACAAUGAUAUUGCUCUGUUGCAGUUGAAUUACGAUGCAGAAGACUGUGCUAUUGAAACAGACACUGUCCGUGCUGCCUGCCUCCCAACCCCAGAACUGCAGCUGCCUGACUGGACUGAAUGCGAGAUCUCUGGUUAUGGCAGAAACGAAGAAUUUUCUCCAUUCUAUUCAGAGCACCUGAAGGAAGGUCACGUCAGACUGUUCCCAGCCAGUCGGUGUACAUCACAGCAUUUGGACAACCGGACGGUUACAGACAAUAUGUUGUGUGCAGGAGACACGAGGCACCUCGAUGACGCCUGCAAGGGUGACUCUGGAGGGCCUCUGGUCUGUAUGAAGGAUGAUCGUAUGUAUCUAAUUGGAAUCAUCAGCUGGGGAAUAGGCUGUGGCCGCAAAGACAUGCCUGGCGUUUAUACAAAUGUGAAUCGUUAUCUUGACUGGAUUCAGGACAACAUGAAACCCUGAGAAAGAAAAAUGAACUAUCCACAGUGUUCUGCCUCUGUCCUCGCAGCUUCCUUCUGUGUGCUUUAAGGAUGCUGACAGGGUUUGCAAUUUGUCCAGAUGUUUGUGACCUUCAGUACAAGAGAAAAAGAAACUGCAGUGUGUGGGAAGGGCACAUUCUCAAAUUACUCUCCUUUCCUUACUACCGGUUAUUAGAAGCUAACAGUGCUCUGCCCUCAUCCCCAAGCCUUCUCCUUGCAUCAAAUCACAUGAGUACGAGUCAAAAUAAACGUUGGCCCAAGAGAAAAAAACGAGAACACCAUGCAUCCCAUAAGCAGCUAUGUUGUCUUGGAAAUGAUUUUUGAAUUGAAAAGGGACAGAUUUAAUUUCCUGAAAACUUAAUCUUCCUCCUCCUUAUUUGGCUGUAAAUUUGGAAGACAUUCCAGUCAGGCUUAAGCUCUGUCCUUAUACCAUUUUACUUUGGUUAUUUAAGCUGGUCUAAGCUUGACUCCAAAACAAAGAGCAAAGCUGUAGGCAUGGACUGCUUAUUUCCAUAUCAAUAUACCACUUGCUUUUUCAGUUUGGAAUGGAUUCAUUAACUGAGUCUGAGCUUAACUCACAGAGCAAAUCCAGGAUGGCAUGCUUGUUAGGACAUUCUAUUCUCCCACUUGCUUUUCCUCCUGUUAGGAAUUAAAUCUUUAAAUAAAUACAGAAUAGGUAAAAGAAAAAAAUCUUAACAGCCUUAUCUGCCACAGAAUCAAC